AUGUCAAGUAAAGAUGAUGAAUCAAUUGAAAUGUUAUAUUCAAAAUCAUGUCUUGAUUUAAAUAUGGAUAUGGAAACAAAGUUAGAUGCAUGGCGUUCAUAUGAACAUAUUCGUAAACAUUAUGUUUUAGAAGGUGAUCAAUUACAUUGUUGUUGUUUAAAUGAUUUAUGUUCAAAUGAUGGAAAAAAUUUUUUAAAUGAAUUUAAUUAUUUGGAAACAAUUCGUGAUAUAAAUCGUCAAUAUGAUGAAAUUGUUUUAACAAAUUGUAUAAUUGAUGAAAGAAUUUUUUUAGAAAAUAAAUUUCAAUUAAAUGAUUUAUGUAAUUCAUUAAAUGAAUAUCGAUAUUCAAAAUCUUCUCAAAAUCUAACAUCAUUAACAGCAAAUCAACAUAUUACAUCGAAUGAUUAUCAAAUAAUUUCUUUUAAUCAAUAUUUAACAUUCAUAUCUCAAGCUAAUCAAUUAAUUAAAUUAUUAUAUUCAAUUGUUCAACAACAACAAACUUUUUUUAUCAAAUCGAACAUAAAAUAA